GUGGCCAAUGGGGAGCUGGCUCGGGGCGACGCGGGCCGCCGCUCACGGUUGCCGCGGUAACGGGGGCGCCGCGGCCGUUGGUGGCGCGGGGCCGGGCGCGGCCGAGCGCUGGGGGCGGCGCGGCGCGGCGCGGCGGCGGCGGCGGCGGCGCUGCGCUGCGCUGCGCUGCGCUGCGCUGCGCUGCUGCUCGCCAUGGAGCUGAGCCUGGCCCGCGUGGACUACUUGCAGGUGGGAGUAACAUCUCAGAAGACUAUGAAGCUUCUUCCUGCAUCAGGACGUAAAGCAACGCAGAAGGUUGUUGUUGGAGAUCAAGAUGGGGUGAUUACAUGUUUCGGCAUAAAAAAGGGGGAAGCUGUGCCAGUGUUUAAGACACUGCCAGGCCAAAAAAUUGCAAGAUUGGAGUUAGGAGGAGCUCUUAAUACACCUCAAGAGAAAAUUUUUGUGGCUACAGGAUCAGAAGUUAGAGGUUUCACAAAAAGAGGGAAGCAGUUCCUUUCAUUUGAAACUAAUCUCACUGAAAGCAUCAAAGCUAUGCAUAUUUCAGGAGCAGAUCUCUUCCUUUGUGCAAGCUAUAUCUAUAACCAUUACUGUGACUGCAAAGACCAGCACUACUACCUAUCAGGAGAUAAAAUCAAUGAUGUUCUCUGUCUUCCUGUAGAGAAAGUGAAUUGCAUUACACCUGUACUUGCAUGUCAGGAUAGAGUCCUCAGAGUUUUACAGGGAUCUGAUUUACUGUAUGAAGUAGAAGUUUCUGGACCACCUACUGUUCUUGCUCUAAACAACGGAAAUGGAAGUGAUUCUGGAGAAGAAAUUGUGUUUGGAACUUCUGAUGGUAAAGUGGGUCUGAUCCAAAUUACUGGUUCCAAUCCUGUACAUAAGUGGGAAAUUGGAAAUGAAAAAAAGAGAGGAGGUAUCUUAUGUAUUGAUAGUUUUGACAUUUUGGGAGAUGGAGUUAAGGAAUUACUCAUUGGACGAGAUGAUGGUGUCCUAGAAGUCUAUAACUUUGAGAGUGCAGAUGAUCCAGUCCUUCGAUACGAUCAUGCUUUAUCAGAGAGCAUUGCCUCAGUCCAAGGUGGCUGUGUAGGAAAAGAUGGAUAUGAUGAAAUUUUAGCCUGCACGUAUUCAGGAUGGCUGACAGGACUGACUACAGAACCUAUCCAUAGAGAAGGCGGAUCCGGUGAAGAGCUAAAGCUGAGUCAAGAGAUGCAAAGCAAGAUUUCAUCCUUAAGGAGUGAACUGGAACACUUACAGAUGAAAGUACUUCAGGAACGUGAAAAAUACCAGCAGUCUUCUCAGUCCAGUACUGCUGUUUCAUCAGUGCCUGCAUUUAGUGUGAAUGAUAAGUUUACAUUAAAUAAGGACGAUGCUAGCUACAGCCUCAUCUUGGAGGUGCAGACGGCUAUAGAUAAUGUCCUGGUGCAGAGUGAUGUCCCAAUAGACUUGCUGGAUGUGGAUAAAAAUUCUGCUGUUGUUAGUUUUAGCAGCUGUGAUUCUGAGCCAAAUAGCAACUUUCUUCUUGCAACUUACCGAUGCCAAGCAAACACUACAAGACUUGAACUUAAGGUUCGAUCAAUUGAAGGACAAUAUGGGACACUUCAAGCAUAUGUAACCCCAAGAAUUCAACCGAAAACCUGCCAAGUUCAUCAAUAUCAGAUUAAACCACUUUCACUUCAUCAGAGAACUCAUUCUAUUGACCAUGACCGACCUAUGAAUACACUGAUGCUCAAAGGCCAGUUCAGUUUUGCUGAAAUUCAUUCCUGGGUUGUGUUUUGCUUGCCUGAAGUCCCUGAGAAGACUCCAGCUGGAGAGAGUAUCACCUUUUAUUUUCAGAACACCUUUCUGGGUACACAGCUUGAAAGUACUUACAGAAAAGGUGAGGGAUUUUUUAAAUCUGACAACAUUUCUACCAUAUCCAUCUUAAAAGAUGUGCUUUCCAAAGAGGCCACUAAAAGGAAGAUUAAUCUUAAUAUAUCAUAUGACAUAAAUGAAGAAUCUGUGAGGUAUACAUUAAAGCUUAUCCACCCCAAAUUAGAGUAUCAGCAGCUGUUGGCCAAGAAGGUUCACUUAAUAGAUGCUUUGAAAGAAUUACAAGUUCAUGAAGGAAAUGUGGACUUCCUGCUACCUAAGUACCGUAGCAUUUUAGAAGAGGCAGAUCAGCUGCUUGAGGAAUACAAAAAACAACCUGCGCAUCUCGAGAGACUUUAUGGUAUGAUCACAGAUCUCUUCAUAGAUAAAUUUAAAUUUAAAGGCACCAAUGUGAAAACAAAAGUUCCUCUUCUUCUGGAAGUUCUGGAUGGCUGUGAUCAAGAUGGACUAAUUGCUUUUUUUGAGGCUGCAGCCUGAAUUGGAAGUGACAAAGAGAAGACAGAGUGAUUUCUUUUAUUUAUUUACUUUUUUAACGAAGGCAAUCAACUAUCACGUCCAAUACAUUAUUGUGGGAAAAAUGUUUUUAUUAUUCCUUUUACUCUUUCAUUUUAUUCUUAUUUAUUACCGCACAUAGUUUAUAUACACAAAUGUUCUUCAUAGCCAAGGGAAACUACUGAAUAUCCUUUUUGCAGAAGUAUAUUUUCAGUUGCGUUGGAGACUAUAAAUAGGAAUAUUCUCCAUUUGUAAGAAUGUAUGAAGAAAUUUAUUAUCAUGGACUUAGCACAUUUAGAAAAGAAAAUCAGGUGUUUAAUGUAUAGCUAUGUUGUUUGUACUGAGCACGUGGUCCAAUGCUGUCAACUGAUUUUAUGUAACUGGCGUGCACAUGAAAGGGGGGAGAGUUAUCUCUGAAUUUUAGAUUUACACGAUCACUUUAAAAGCUACCCAUGACCUCUGUUUCAGAAGGCACUGCAUUAGAUUUCCUCCGUGCUUCUUAUCUGUCUGCAUUCUUCAUUUCUUCAAGUCAACUGAAUUCUUCAGUUCUUCCAAAUGACUCUUCAGUACUCUUUGUUGAAAGCAAAGCAUCUAUAACAUCUUAUUUUUUUCUUUGAACUUAAAAGACAUUAAACAGGCUAUGGAUAUGGA